AUGCGCACCCUCCUUUAUCCCGUAUUCCCUUCCCUAGGCUUAUCCUCCUUUAUAUGUAUUCCCUUCUCUUGGAAUAUCCAGCUUUAUCCUGUUUACCCUAGGCGUAUCCCCUCCUCCAUUCUGUAUUGCUUUACCUAUGCGCACCCUCCUUUAUCCUGUAUUCCCUUCCCCUUAUCCUCCUUUAUAUGUAUUCCCUCUCUUGGGAUCCAGCUUUAUCCUGUAUUCCCUUCUCUUGGAAUAUUCCUUUACCUUUAUCCUUUAUCAUAUUCCCCUUCCCUUAUAUGUAUUCCUUCUCUUGGAAUAUCCAGCUUUAUCCUGUAUUCCCUUCUCUGGGAAUAUCUUUAUCUUUAUCCUUCCCUAGGCGCACCUCCUUUAUCCUGUUUCCCCCAGGCGUAUCAUCCUUUAUCCUGUAUUCCAUCCCCUAAGCGUAUCAUCCUUUAUCCUGUAUUUUUUACUCUUGCCAUAUCCUCCUUUAUCUUGUAUUCCCUUAUCUAG